CGCGGGGAAUUUCGAGUAGCUGUGGAGCGCGGGGAGGACAGUGGGUGACGGACCCCCCAGCCUACUUAGGAGAAGCCAUGGACUCCCAAGUCGAGCCUCGGUGGCCUCCAGGCUUGGCAGUCAUGAAGACACUAGAUGAUUUGCUGCGGUGUGGAAUUUGCUUUGAAUAUUUCAACAUUGCAAUGAUGAUUCCUCAGUGCUCACAUAACUACUGUUCUCUCUGUAUAAGAAAAUUUCUAUCGUAUAAAACACAAUGUCCAACUUGUUGUGUGACAGUCACAGAGCCGGAUCUAAAAAAUAACCGCGUAUUAGAUGAACUGGUAAAAAGCUUGAAUUUUGCACGGAAUCAAUUGCUGCAGUUUGCCUUAGAGUCACCACCCAUAUCUCCUGCUUCCUCCUCUUCAAAGAACCUUGCUGCCAAAGUACACACUCCGGUGGCCUUCAGACAUUCUUUAAAGCAAGGAAGCAAAUUAAUGGAGAAUUUCUUGAUUAGAGAAACUGGUGGUUCUACAUCAGAGUUGUCGAUAAAAGAGAAUGAAAGCAAAGUCAUCCCUCAAAAAGAGGUGAGCACUUCUUCAAAGACCAAAGAGGCACCUUCUGUAGAAAAGACAGCUCCACGUUCCUUAGUGGCUAAUGUUCCUGAGACACCCUCUACGUCAACUUUGAAACAGGCUGCCAAAGUGGAUUGUCCUGUUUGUGGGGUUAAUAUUCCAGAAAAUCACAUUAAUAAGCACUUAGACAGCUGUUUAACACGUGAGGAGAAGAAGGAAAGCCUCAGAAGUUCUGUUCACAAAAGGAAGCCUCUGCCCAAAACUGUGUAUAACUUGCUCUCAGAUCGCGACUUAAAGAAAAAGCUAAAACAGCAUGGAUUAUCUAUUCAAGGAAGUAAACAACAGCUCAUUAAAAGGCACCAAGAAUUUGUACACAUGUACAAUGCCCAGUGUGAUGCUUUGCACCCUAAAUCAGCUGCUGAAAUAGUUCAAGAAAUUGAAAACAUGGAGAAGACUAGGAUGCGUCUUGAAGCUAGUAAACUCAACGAAAGCAUAAUGGUUUUUACAAAGGACCAAACAGAAAAGGAAAUAGAUGAAAUUCACAGUAAAUAUCGUAAAAAACAUCAGAAUGAAUUUCGGCUUCUGGUGGAUCAGGCCAAAAAAGGAUACAAGAAGACCGUUGAAAUGUCAACAAAAAAAGUAAUAAGAAAAGAAGAUGAAUCUACAGAAGAGCUAUUACCUGUAUGCAUGGAACAGGAAGAUAAAAAGAUGAAAUUCUCAGACACUCUUCCCAUAACAGACCACUUCCCUCAAACAAAGCUGGAAUCCCCAGGGAGAAUGGAGCCUGACAGACCAGAUGAUUCUUCCAGUUGUACUGAUAUUCAAGAAGAAACUCUUUCUUCAUCAGAAUCGGACUCAUUCAAUAGUUCUAGUUCAGACAUCAUAAGAGAUCUUCUAGAAGAAGAGGAAGCCUGGGAAGCAUUACAUAAAAAUGAUCUUCAAGACGCAGAAAUGAGUCCAAGGUUCAAUCGUCGAACAAGAUCAGAUGAGAGUGCUGAGAUCGAGCCGAGAAAUAAACGGAAUAGGAACUAGCGUGGGCUUUGCUGACGUUUCCAGUGUGGUGGGUGGAGUGUGCCCCUGUGGGUUGCCAGGCAGACUUCGUGUUCAUAAAUGCCCAAGUGAAGGGGUUAACUUCUCAAUAUGAUAAGUAGCUGAUUGUCAUUCUUUUUUUUUUUUUUUUUUGUCUUUCCUGGGAAAAAUAAGUUAACAGAACAUCCUCACUUGGUUAGUUAACCUCCUGUCUCUAAAACCUCUCUCUGUAAAAAUACAUCCACACAUCCGCCAGCUUUGCAGGUUCACAGACGUGUUGGCAAAGGAGUUUUGUGUGGUUUUGUUUCUAAAUCAGGAUGUCCUUAAGGCAUUCUCCUCUUCCAUGGAGAAACUAACUUGAGAAAAUGAUUCUUUUCAACCUCUUUGCCACAAGGAACAGCUGAAGAGUUAAGAGCCUCUGUAUUUCUGGAAAAGCAGGAUAUCAUAAAUCACCUCUUUUGUGAAUGUCAGCUCCUAAUGCCCGGAUGCCAGCAUGCCCAUCACAGCAGUUACAUGAUGGUCGUUGCCCAAGUUUAAUGUAGUCGUUUGUUAUUUGGAGUAGGGUGUUGGGUACUGGAACCUAAAGUCACGAACAAUAACUUUGAAACAUCAAGCAUAUACUUCAGAAAUGGCACUUCAAAAUGAUGUUAGUCUUUAUUUUUUUUUUCACUUGGAUAAAUCAAAUUUUUAACACUCUGAAUCCCAGCUAUUAAUCAAAAAGAAUGCAAUAAAUGGAUUUUGUAAAUGAAUAGAUUCUGUAUCAAUUUAAAAUAAUGCCCUGAAAACUGUCUUGUGAAUAGUUGAGCACAAGCUACAAAUCAUUGGAAGGGCUUGGUCAGAAAUUGUUGUCUCUGCAAAAUGUCCACCAGACCAGUUCCCAGUUCCUUCCAGAGUUCCUAAUGCCUCUCUUUGGCAUCUCAGAGCCAGCCCUCCUGUCCCUUCCCUGCCCCCACAUCACUGCCCAGCCCAAACACAUCCGCUUUCAAAUAACAU